UUCUCUUUCAACAGGUUCCUGCCAGUCUCUCACCCCAACUUUAAAGUUUCCCUCCCUGAACUCACUCUUCUGCCCAGAAAACUGAAUGAUUCUGAUAAGACAAUUGACAAAGUGAACUACAAACCUGGAGAUGAAGUCAUAUGCUUUGCAUCAAAGUACGUCAAAGAAGCACAAUGCUUAGAAGUUCAUGUGAAGCCCAACGUCAUGGGAACUGUUGAACUACUAGCCAUGAUUAACAAACCUGGGCAAGCUAAGCACCCACAGACGCUUUUUAAAACAGGACAGACCGUUUCUGCAAAGGUUGUUGGUGUUGGUACCAGCCGGCCUUUUCGUCUUUCUCUUUCCCUCACAGGGACGUACACGCUGGAGGAAGGUUUGGUCACCAUGGCGAUGGUUUGGAAAAUUGAGCCUCACAUGGGACUGUUUCUCAAACUCCCAUUUGGGAAUUCGGGCUUUGCUUCGGUAAAUGAUCUCUCUGAUGCAUACGCAGACAACCCGCUAGAGCCCUACAAGCUGGGCCAGCUAGUCCGGUGCUACGUUAUCGGGGAGGAAAAUGGAAAUUUCAACAUUUCAUUACGUCCCUCCAG